AUGCAGUCGCUCCAGCCUGCGCUCCGCCGUGCCCUGCUGGCCUGCCCCUGGAGGGAACCUGGGCUAUGGUGGAAGCACACGUCGUCCUCCCCGAAGGUGGCCAACGAGCCGGUCUUGGCAUUCACGCGGGGCAGCCCGGAGCGAGAUGCGCUACAAAAGGCCUUGAAGGACCUGAAGGGCCGGACGGAAGCCAUUCCAUGUGUGGUGGGGGACGAAGAGGUGUGGACGUCAGAUGUGCGGUACCAGGUGUCGCCCUUCAACCAUGGACACAAGGUGGCCAAGUUCUGCUAUGCAGACAAGGGUGUACUCAACAAAGCCAUUGAGGCUGCAUUGGCCGCCAGGAAAGAGUGGGACCUGAAGCCCGUCGCAGACCGGGCCCAGAUCUUCCUGAAGGCAGCAGACAUGCUCAGUGGGCCGCGCCGGGCAGAGGUCCUUGCCAAGACCAUGGUGGGACAGGGAAAGACGGUGAUCCAGGCAGAGAUCGACGCGGCAGCUGAGCUCAUCGACUUCUUCCGGUUCAAUGCCAAGUUUGCCAUGGAGCUAGAGGGCCAGCAGCCCCUCAGCGUGCCGCCCAGCACCAACAGCGUCGUGUACCGGGGACUGGAGGGCUUCGUGGCGGCCAUCUCCCCCUUUAACUUCACGGCGAUCGGCGGCAACCUGGCGGGGGCGCCGGCCUUGAUGGGCAAUGUGGUCCUGUGGAAGCCCAGCGACACUGCCAUGCUGGCCAGCUAUGCCGUCUACCGCAUCCUCCGGGAGGCGGGCCUGCCCCCCAACAUCAUCCAGUUUGUGCCAGCUGACGGGCCCACGUUUGGCGACACGGUCACCAGCUCGGAGCACCUCUGCGGUAUCAACUUCACAGGCAGCGUGCCCACAUUCAAACACCUGUGGAAGCAGGUGGCCCAGAACCUGGACCGGUUCCGCACUUUCCCACGCCUGGCCGGAGAGUGUGGCGGGAAGAACUUCCACUUCGUGCACUGCUCUGCUGACGUGGACAGCGUGGUGAGCGGGACCCUGCGCUCGGCCUUCGAGUAUGGCGGCCAGAAGUGCUCGGCCUGCUCCCGCCUCUACGUGCCCAGUUCGCUGUGGCCGCAGAUCAAAGGGCGGCUGCUGGAGGAGCACGGCAGGAUCAAAGUGGGCGACCCGGCAGAGGAUUUUGGGACCUUCUUCUCAGCCGUGAUUGAUGCCAAGUCCUUCAGCCGCAUCAAGAAAUGGCUGGAACACGCCCGCUCCUCCCCCAGCCUCAGCAUCCUGGCGGGGGGCAAGUGUGAUGACUCCGUGGGCUACUUUGUGGAGCCCUGCAUCAUUGAGAGCCAGGACCCUCAGGAGCCCAUCAUGAAGGAAGAGAUCUUUGGACCCGUGCUGACCGUCUACGUCUACCCGGACGAAGAGUACAAGGAGACGCUGCGGCUGGUCGACAGCACCACCAGCUACGGCCUCACGGGGGCAGUGUUCGCCAAGGAUAAGGAUGUUGUUCAGGAGGCCACAACGUUGCUGAGGAACACAGCCGGCAACUUCUACAUCAAUGACAAGUCCACUGGCUCGGUGGUGGGCCAGCAGCCCUUUGGGGGGGCCCGAGCCUCUGGAACCAAUGACAAGCCAGGGGGGCCUCACUACGUGCUGCGGUGGACGUCGCCCCAGGUCAUCAAGGAGACCCACGAGCCCCUGGGGGAUUGGCGCUACGCCUACAUGCAGUGAGCCCCACCCGGUGCCUCUGCUGUGUGUCCACCUGUCUGUCCGGACAACCCACCUCAGAGCCCUCGCCCCGCUCCGGCCCCUUUGACCUGCUCCCCGUGGGACUGCCCCCUUUCCCCGACUGGGCUUUAUCCUGGCCUGUCCCACACCCCUCAGGGGCAGGUGCCAGCUCUGAUUUGAGACCUGCUGGAGGGGAAUGGGGCUACCGCCCCUUCUCUCACGGCUGUCCUGGAGAUUCUGUCUGGCACGUUCUCUGCCUGUCUUCUUUCUCUGCACUGUGGCCCAGUGGCUCAGGCACCUGGGGAAUGGCAGUAGAGUGCCUUCCAGGAUCCCUUAAGGACCAGGGGGCAGCUCUGGGCCCCUUGGUGAAGUUGAGCAUCCACAGAGACUCCUGGCCUUGGCCUUGGCUCCUCCAGGGCUCCAGGAUUAGCUAUGACCCAGGGUGGCUGCAGGGCAUGGGGGCACCAGCUUGCCUGACCCUCCCUGGUCUGGGCUGCCCACCUUCCUCCCCAGCGGUUGGCCCAUGCCCACCUGGGCCAGUGGGUACCUGGGCCUGAUCUGGUGCCUUAGACACCUCUGUGCCUUUGUCCAGGGCACCCAUGUUCUCUGGAGGCCCAUGUGACUCCUGGCAGUCUCUCUGUGUGGGCUUGCGGGGCUAGCAGAGGCUCUCUGUUGAGGUACAGGAUUUGGUGGGCCUUCCUAUUUGGGCUGUGGUUUCGUAAAACCCUGGGGGGCCUUCAUGCCAACUCAGCUUGCCGUUGGCUCACAGCUCCCACCUGUGUGGGCCCAGGGCUUCCUGCAGGAGCUCGGUCCCCACCAGCUAUGGUAGAACAGGCCUGGGGAGACUGCUCCCACCUUCUCCCAGCCUCAAGAACUAGCCUUGGGUUCCUGUCCAGCCCAGGCUGAGGAUGGCCCCGUAGAACCUUCCCUCCCUGGCACAGAAGUGGCUCUGUGUGGACUAGCCUCCAGGCGGCCCAAUCUUCGACAGAGCCAGCUGGGGGACACUCAGAAUUGGAUUGAAUUGGGGGACAUUGAAUUGGAUUGCAGGGGGCUGGGGACUGAUAAGGGGUGACUUCAGAGGACAGUUUUUAAGGGUCCUGGUCCUUUGCCGAGGACAGCUGGCAUGGGUCCCCUGUGGGGCUGUCCCCCAAGCACCGUGGUUGUACACUGUGGCUUGCAGUCUGGUGGGCAUGCUGCUGGGACAGGGCGUAGUUCUGCUUCCUUCCAAGUUCCUCAUGGCUGCUGGGAGAGGCUGGGGCCGUCACCUGGGGGGAGGUGCUGGAGAUGGUCCUGGUUCCACAGAUGUGAAAUUGCGAGGUGACGGUGGGCUUCUCUCUGCAGACACCCUUGUGAAUGCUUGUUACGUAGACUGCUGGUCUUUCUGGCGGGGGCUGAGGGGCUAGCUUCUCCAGACAAAGGCUGAUGUGUGGGAUGUAUGUUGCUCCCGUGUCCUUGAUGUCAGGAGUGCGGGGGCUUCGGUGUGAUGGAGGAAAGGGCAGGCACUGAGGUUUGGGAAUGUGGGCUGGAGGUAUGAGAACUCUGGAGUUGGGUGGGUUCAAAGCCUGGCUCUCUGCCUCCAGAAAGUUGUUCAACCUCUCUGAUCUGUCUCUUUCUCUGUGAGCUGGGUAAUAAUACACAUACACAUGUGCACACACGCACGCAGAUUGUCGUGACGACUGAGUUAAUUCACGUAAUUGUUUAGAACAAUGCUAAAUACAGAAUGAAUGAUUUAGCCAUGUAUACAUUCUAA